AUGAAGUCCAAUCAACUGCUGCGGGUGGCACUGACUUGUUAUGGAUUGGACCGAAGCGUCUGGAUAACGUUUGCCAUUCCUCACUGUCAUGGUGGCACGUACAGGCCAGGCCGGCUGCACAUGAGCUACACCGACGCCUUGAUGGUGUUUCGCCGACACCUGUCAUCGGAGUUCGCACGCCUUCGUCGGGGUCGUGAUAACUUACUGGUUUAUAAUGUGGACCCUCAUGGAGGCUCGGUACAAACCCACAUGGUCUCUGACAAGGCCAGUCGUCGCUCUGCCGACAUGGUCGUUAAGGACAUCCCCGACUCCGAGAUCACGUCCUUGGACCCUCUAGAGGGACCCGGGAUUGGAAGGGGUGUCGGCGGCAGGAUCUUUGGUUGCGUGCUUUGA